AUGACCAACCAGUUCACCACACUUCUCUACCCCAUGCCCAUCCCUGGCACUGUGAAUGCGCCUCGUUUUAAUGGCCGUUUCAUGAAGGAUUACCUCAGUUUGAUUGUACAACACGGAGCCAGCGCUGGUAUCAAUGAUAAGGACAAUCUCGUCGACUACAUCUACCGAUACUCAUCCGACGAGGUCAAGGAAGUCAUACGCUACAUACCCGAGCUUGAUAUAGACGAGACAGGUAAGACUUGGACUGCAGCCGAGACUAAGCUGUUACAGCUGUAUCAUGCAUUCGAUGAGCCUCCCGAAAUUUCGCUGGAUGCCUUGACGGACUUCUGCAAACAUCAAUCCGCUAAGUCUUCAUUCACUAGUACUAUUGAAGUAGAGACUUACCAACAUGAGUUUACGAAGAUCGCUGCGCCACUCCUCAAGAAGAAGACUAUCAAAAAAGUAGACCAUGAUUUCUACUUCAUGAAUGGCAUUCCCACUUCGAUGAAGGAAUGGUUCUAUAGCCAGAUUCUGACUCGCCGUUUUGAUACUGAUAGUUUGAUCUAUGAAGACUGGCACCAUGCCAAAGAACGUGAGUCCAAGACUGUGAAGUUUGAUGCUAAUGGAGAUAGGCUCGACUCGGAUUCGAAGCCAUUACCACCAUCGAGGGCACAAACGCCACUAGCGUUGAAGCAACCUAAGUCUUCUGUACCCGAUAUUGAUGUGCUUGCGAAGCAGUUGCAGGAUUUGUCGCUGAACCAAGCUCAGCUUAUGGCCAUGAUGACUGCAUCUAUGAACAAUGCGCCGUCAGACCAACAUGGUCCCAUGCAGCAGAAUCAAGGAUGGCAUUGCCAGGAGACGUUGAAGCUCAUUGAGGAGAGACGAAUCAAGUAUGAUGCGAACAGAGAUAGAGUUGCAGAUUGGUUGUGCCAACAGAACCCUGCUACUUCCGAUUCAGCGCCUGUGCAAGCUACUGCGAGGACGAGGGAUGUAUUUGCAGUAUCCUCUCUUUCAUUUGAUGAUAGAUUUUCUAACCCUUCUCUUCGUUCUGGCAAAGAUACUUCUGCUAGGUAUGACCCGAUGCGAAGGCCAGAGGAUAAAGGGAAAGGGAAAGAAGGAGGAGCACCUGCAUCUUCUUCUGUACCAAGACCUCAGUCUUCUCAGCCAAUGCCGGGUCCGAAUUUUACACGCCCGAAUGCUUUUACACCCCCCGUACCUGCGACUACUGUCCCUGUUAACCCUGCGCCUGCCCACGUGAAUGUUCCACCACCAUCCAACCCGAUUAACACUCAGAAAGGAUGGAAGAACUCAAGACCAUCAAACAACAAGCCUCAGAACGAUGUUGAGAUGAAGGAUGGAACUAGGAAGCCAGCAGAUAAGUCGUCUACUGCUCCUCAGUAUCAUUUUACUUCCGAUAUCCAGGAAAUGUCUGAUCCGAAGGCCGUGAUGAACAAGCUUUUGAACCUCAAUGUUACGAUUCCGCUGAUGUGCUCGGUAACGGGCAGCGCGCAAAUGAAACUAGUGUCUAGAUCGUCAAUCUAG